UCCGAUGUCAGUUGUACCGAGUCCGAUCGACGCGACGUGACGCCUCAUGCGCGAACCGGUGAUUGGACGGUGUUCAUCAGUCCGGAAUUGAACAAUCACUGAGCGUCUAGGAGCUCUCGAAUGUCCGCCGUGCCUAUUAUAUACGAAGGAAAAAAGAACUGAUUACAAAAUUUCUGCUUUUUUAUCAAAAUUGUUUGUGGCUAAGAAAACGUGUUUUUUUUAUCUUUAUGUAUUGAUAAUAAACAUCGCAAAGUGUGACUAGUGCAAGUGGUUUCUCAGUGACAAACACGGUAACUGUUCUCUAUGUAAAAUAUUGCUGAUAAAUUUUAUCGCCGUCUGUCGUCAGCCCUGCAUUCGACGUGUGCCCCAAGUGUGUGCCGUGAGCGACAAGUUGUGCAUCUUGAUAACGUGACUGUGACGCGUGAUUGUUUUUUUUUUUCAGUUGACUCUACAAUGUCUGGUAAGGACUAUUUCGACGGCACCGAUACGACGUAUGAUGUGGCUGUGGCUGCCUUCAAGCUACCAGUUGUUGUGUCACCGCAAACCAGUGCACAGCAUAGCGAUAACGGCGCUGGGAAUUCAGCCAGACAUCGGCAGCACACUGAUCAUUCAACGAUCGAUAGCGAAUCGAGCAUCUCACGGAAGGAUUCGCAGGAAGUUAGUGAAAGUGAAACCGUUACUAGUAAACAUUCCGAUAGCGGGGCGGCCGGUUGUGCCGUGAGAGAUAAGACUGGCGCGUUAUCAAUACAGCUAGCCAACAACGGUAGUGUAGGUGGUAGUGACCACACAAGUGAUUCUAUGAUUUUCUCAUCAAUCAGAACUAGCGAGGAGCACGUAAACACUCCUUCGGUGAUCACGUCAAGUUCGAAGCAAUUACAGGAGAGUGCACAAAGGUAUGAAACACUGGCAAAUGUGAAUCCAGAGCUGGCGUCCCCACCGCGCUACUCGACGCUGCAGUCCGUCAUCAGUCCGAAUUUGCAUCAACAGGUGGGCUACUUCAGCUACACCGGUCAAGAUCCUUCGUUUAACAGUUGGCCAUACGAUCUGUCCUACAAGACAACUGAUCUUGUGCGAAAUCCUCACCAUCACGAGGAGCAAUCGGAGACCGACGAGCGCAGUUUAAGCCAUCAUCACCAAUACCAUCACAGGGAAGUUUACAGCGAUCAUCAUUCGCACGAUCCGCAGAAUCAGCCACCAGUGCAUCAGCAGUCGAAUUUAAAUUUGAGCAUCAAUAGCAUUAGUAGCGAAUCGUCAGCCAUGAGGAGCAGUUUGUUAACAUUGUGUCCGACAUAUCCCUCAUCCUUGGGGCAACAUGCUGGCGAAGAUCUCCAUCACCAGGUGGGACAUCCCCAUCAUCAUAGUUCCGCGAUCGAUGAGGUGAUAGCGGAUACGCUGAAGGAUGAGAACUGCGCCAUUGAUCACUAUUUGACUCUCGGGGGUGGCGGAAGUAUGGUUCAUCCAGGGGCCGAUUUGGGAGGCGAUUCGCCCCAACAUCACAGUCACGAGCUGCACGAUCUGAAAGACUACAGUGCAGUUUAUCAUAAUAACAACGAUAAGAGCGUUAUCAACUUCAAUCAUCAUCAUCAUCAUCAACAUCAUCAGCAGAAUGCACAUAAUGGCAACAGCAGCGGUGGAGAAUCGCGUAGCCCAUCCGGCUAUUCGCACGAUGAACUGGACGGCAGUUUGACGAGCUUUACUCAGUUGAUCAACGUACCUCGCGGAAGUGAUACCACUUCUUCCUCGGUGGCGGCUGCCAACAUGUACCAAUCAUCGCCGGUUCAUGAUCACACGGCCGUAGCCCUGAUGCAGCAUGGAACCAGCAUCUACGACGCCCUGCACGGCGGCAUUCCUAGCAGUCCUUCGUACAGUCGCUGCAAUUUCCCAUCGGCUUCGAUGCAAUACUUCAACAGUAGUCCGACGCACGAGCCGGCGCACAUGUGGUCCUCCGGAAUGGCCGGAUUGACCGAUAACGAAUACCUGAAGGGCGGUCUGCCAGCUUUUCAACGCAUCGCAUCCAGUACCAAUGCGGCACGGGCGAAUCACUAUAGUGCAAUUUCUACCAGCUACGGUCAACAGGCUGAUCAAUGGCCAUCACACUACGAAGCCAACGCGAUUGCGUACAGUGCCGCGUCGUCAAGUGCUUCUGGAAAUGGCCGACGGACGACGCCCACGCUGACACCUGCAACGGCCUUUUCUGCUGCUGCUUCCCUAACUGCAAUGGGCAUAGAAGCGGACUUGUUUACCGAGGGACGAGAAUGCGUCAAUUGCGGUGCGAUUCAGACGCCACUCUGGCGUCGGGACGGAACUGGACACUAUUUGUGCAAUGCGUGCGGCCUCUAUCACAAGAUGAACGGGAUGAAUCGGCCGUUGGUCAAACAGCCCAGACGCUUGAGCUCAGCACGACGCGUCGGAUUGCAAUGUUCCAACUGUAACACGACCAACACGUCACUGUGGAGACGCAACCAGGUCGGUGAGCCGGUGUGCAACGCGUGUGGCCUGUACUACAAGUUGCACAACAUCAAUCGACCGUUGACGAUGAAGAAGGACAACAUUCAGUCACGCAAACGCAAACCGAAGGGCAGUAAAAACGCCGAUGGGGCGUCGUCCAACUCGAAGAGCAGCAAUAGCAAUAGUAACAGUAACAAUAAUAAUAGCAGCAGCACCACAACCACCAGCAGCAACAACAACAACAAUAACAAUUCGAGCAACGCGACCAAUAUGUCCGUGUUAGGCAAUUCUCUUAAUGAACUGAAAGCUUUAAAAGCAGCACACACCGGUAUCAUUCAGUCCACUUCAACCCCAUCGAGUGUUGGUAGCAAUCUGUCCCCGGUGCACCAGUCACCCUCACCGGCACAUCACAAUCAGCUCUCGCCAAUUUCGUACACCCAGCAGAUCCCGUCGCCGAUCACCAGCACUCCGACGAGUACUAUAGUUAACAAUAACAACAACAACAACAAUAACAACCAGAACAACAACAACUCCAACACGAAGUACAAUCAACAGAAGGCGGCAGUCUUCAUGAUGCCAUCGUUCGGGAGCACAUUGGGCAACGCAAGCGCACUCGCCACCAAUCAUCAGGUCGCAUCCUCUCUCAGCCCGAUGGGGUACCAUCUGAGCAACAAUGGGCCAUCCAACGGAUCACUGUUGAGUCCCAAGUUCAACCAUAGUCCUUCGGAAUCCCCCAACAGUAUGUACUACGACAUGAUGCACUCGGAUGUCAGUGGAGUUGAUCCACACGGGUUGGGCUCGAUUGUGAAAAUGGAACCCGUCACCGGUCACUAUUCGGCCUACCAACAGGCACUCCAUCAGGCACAAACUGUGCCACAGCAUCAUCAGCAGCAACAGCAGCAGCAUCACCAACAGCAGCAGCAGCAACAACAGAUGCAGCAUCAACAUAUGCAGCACCAAAGUAGAAGCCCUUCGAUAUCGGACGAGAACGAUCGGAACCACCAAUCGCCGGAGGUGCUCGACAGCAAGCAUAGCAUCACUAGGCCUACGGUGGUUUCAAUGUCCAGCUAAACCAUUCUGGUGGAGACUGAAAAAAAGACAAAAUAGAAGAUUUAUGUGAGAAUCUCAUGCUCAGAAGCCAAAUGCGGGAUGAACCAAAAAGACUUUAAUAAGAAUAGCCAAGCCAAUCAUUUUUUUUCCUUGUGAUGAUUCAUGACAACGCAACUGUUUGUACAGGAAGGUACCCCGCAAGUGGGUUAGUUUUAGGUUUGUUUGUUUUUUUUCAAUCAUGUAGGAGUAUUUGACAGAGAAGCUAUACGCGAUUAGUUAGUUGUAUGGCUGACGUUGCUCGAGAUUUUUAUGUUUUGUAGAAAAAAUAUCAACUAAUGUAUAAACAACAUUAUGACAAUAGCAAGAAAACGAGUGUGUCAUCUAAUCAAUUGCUACAAACCAGGGCUAUCAAUUUGUUUGAGCUUUAAAAGUUUUGCUUUUCCGUAAGAAAAUUAUUCGUUGUACAUAGAUAUGUUGUUCUUAACAACACAUUCCUGAAAAAAAAAUGUGAGGGAUCUGAAACGCUAAAGCUAAUGUAUGUUUAGUUUGAAAAUCUAGUUGUAAGUUCAAGUAUGUAAAAACUGACGCUCUCUGACUCACAAAAUACUUCAAACACUUUCCAAAGUAGUGAUUUCAAUAGAACUAGUGCCUGGUUAGUUAAAAGAAAUCACUGUUAUUGUUAGUUACGAGAAUCAUCAACUAACAACUAGUUGAUCCAAGUUUCUCAUAAGUUUGUUAAUAUUCAGUUUACUGUUAAAUUAGAUACAUAUAUU